UCUAUCAGUGACCCACUAAGUUAUGGAGGUGUUUGAACAACACAAUGAGAUCUCAACAUCUUUCAACAACAACAAGCAUAACUACAAUGAGUGCAAAGAAUUCUACAACUACAUCGAAAUCGAAGAUAAGAAAGAAGAUUACCUAGACAAGACUUAUAGACCGAAGCUAGAAGAUACAGCGCAUUUAAACACACCAUUUUCAGUGAAGGAUAUACUCAAUAUCAACCAGACGAACAUAUACAAUUACGAAAGAAGCGAAACUUGGAAGAACGAUCGACGAUACGACUAUACGUACCAGCCUCAAAUGUGCCCUGAGUACUUCGGGCAAGUGUAUCCAAAUAUCCCUAUGCACAACAUAGAGCCAUAUUGGACCGAGACUUACCACGACCAGAAGAUUGAAGAAUACUAUAGCUACAACCCAUACUGCCACAAUGUUUGUCAAAACUUCGACCAGUACGUUAUACCACAUGUAGAACCUUCGAAGGAGCUUCAGAGAGAGCUGCAUACUCCUACGCAGUUCCAGGAGAGGUUUGCUGAGAAAGUGCCACCUGUUGAGGAUCCGCCGCAGUAUCCAGCUAUGGAGACGUUUGAGAAGAUGCCAGCAGUGUCUAGGAGAAAUUCAAAAUCUCCGACAAGCCCCUGCUCAGACAAGAUGGACAGAAAAGACAAGCGAGCCAAAAGAAAACCCAGGAUCCUGUUCUCCCAAACCCAAGUCCACGAACUGGAGAAACGUUUUAACGCCCAAAGAUACCUCUCAGCACCGGAACGAGAAGAAAUGGCCAAGUACUUGCAUCUCACUCCCACGCAAGUCAAGAUCUGGUUCCAGAACAGAAGAUAUAAAAGCAAACGGAUCAAACCGGAUGAAGUUAGCACCUCUACUGAUGCUAAGCCGAGUAAGAAUGUAGCCAGGAAGUUCUUCAAACCAGAAACUAAAGAAAAAGAAGAUUUAAGCUUUGAUAACUUUAAACAUAUCCCUUAUGAAAAAGACGAAUCUUUAUCAACGACUUAUUUCGAAGAUACCUUUCAAUAUGAAGAUAAUCAAGACAAGUUUUUUAGGGAAAAACCUGACGAAGUAAAAGUUAGUUCUAAUAUGGGAAUGUAUAACGGUAACUAUUCUUACGAAAUGCCUAAGGAAUACGAAACGCCUGAAGUUAAAAAGUAUUUUUCUAAAAUACAGUUUGUUGACAGUUUUUAACAAAUAGUUUUGGUGCUUAUAUUUAAGUUUUUAUUGUUCUGACUGUUAUGAUUUGAUAUUUUUAAGUUGUUUUUAAUAGUUUUAUACUUACGUAUUUUUUUAGUUUUUGACUGUCUCUAGUUAUUUACAUCUUGCCUUCAAAUGUGCUAUUUUCGA